CCUUGAAUAAUGCAUAGUCACACCGGUACUUCACACGCCGUAGAAAGAACACUUGUGUUGAUGGCUCGACGUAAAAUGUAGGCAGUGGUGAAUACAGCAUAUGACCGCAGGCGGACGGCCACACACAACGCACAGGUGUGAGUAACGAGAUAGAUUCUCUGUCUCCCCGAUAUCGCGUUUAUGUCGACCGUCUUGUCUAUCACAUACGUAAGGUAAGGCUGCUGCACCCGAGCCCUGCACCACAUCAAUUGAAUCACGGGUCUCUACCGGCACGAUGCAGCCAUAAUGUUACCAUACUGCAGGUGGUACGCCUGUCUGUCUCCCUGUCUGUCUGCCUGUCUGUAUGCGAUACACAGCUGGCUGGCUCGACGUGCAGACAGCACAAGCAAGCCACCACAGGUGGGCAAGGCCGGCAUCUCAUUCACUCAUUCACUCAUUCAUUCAUCAGCUGUCCGUCAUUCGAGCUGACUUGCGCGCCGGUCUGCUGGCCCUCCACUCGUCUAUCCUGGCCUUCAGCUCAGGCUGCGGCUCCAGCUGAUCCACCUGCACAUGGACGGAUGGAUGGAUGGAUGUCCAUCUUUCUUUAAAGGCGUCCCUCCGUGUGCUCUCUGUGCUGUGCUGCCUACUGAGAGCGGCUGUCGGUUGAAUGGGUUGAGGGGGGUGGACAGCAAGUGGCGCUCAAUGACGUUGCGAUUCACCUGCAGGCACACGCACCACACGCACCCAUACAAACCGGUGGACAGACGAGUGUGUGGCCGUGGCGUCAGAGCGCUUACAACAUGUCCCGAUGGGAGUUUGACGGGAUCGACGAGCAGAUCGUUGAUAAUCUCACACUGGAACUCCUCCUGCAAACCACAUACAGCCACACACACAUGCAUAUCAGUUGUCUGUUCGUCGUUUCUCUCACCGGAAUGUCCUCAUCCUCCAUCUCCAUCAUCGAAACUGUCGCACGCUCCUCCAACUCGGCCACCUGGUGGACAGACACGCACCAUCAGGCCACACACAUGCCCCACAACCAGUACUUGUCGACGUACCAGAUUAUCGAAUUUGGUGAGUAUAUCCCUGUUGAUGAGUCCCUCCCGCCUGAUAAUGCGGGCGGCCUUCUUGAAGGUCUGCACCGAGAAGUAGCGCUCCUCCUUGGGGAUCUCGUCGACGAAGUCCCCUCCCCUGCUGGAUGACGCCAGGUAGGCGUACGUCUCGGCCACCUCCUUGAGCAGCUGCACGCACACACAACGAAUCAGCGCACACACGGACACAGACAUACACACAGGUGCGUAUCUGAGUGUGGUGGGUCCACAUCACCCUUGGUAGGCUGACUGACCUGCCGGGGGUCGAAGCCGUACUCCUCCUUGGGAUUGGCCACCUGCCGGACAGACAGACAGACAGACAUGAAGGCACCAUCAGCCUGUGUGACCUUGGCAGGCAAGCCGUGCACACCGACCUUGAGCUCGAGAGCCUUUGGCCCGACGAGGCUGUGCACGUUGCAGUUCAACGCACCCACAAUCCUGACAGACACCACACAACACACAGACACACACUACAUGUUGCCCCAUGGAGUUUGUCUGUCUCUGCUUACUGUGGUAUGAUGGGUUUUGACUGGAGCAGCACGUCGGGCACCUCCUUGGAAAUGAGCCAAAAGAGAGCUAUCUCCGACUGGCCGAUCGUGAUGCACUGACGAGCUAUCCUGCAUGCAGCCAGGCAACACACACUCUCACACACACAUGACCACCCCACCCCACCGAGCCACCUUUUGAGUGUCGAGAGCUUCUGCCGCUCUGUAGUGGGGCCCUCGGGGUUCUGGCUGCCGCUGCCGGCGCUGGAGGCCUGUGUCUGCUGCUGCUGCUGCUGCUGCUGCUGUGGCUGUGGUGUCUCGUCCUCCUCUUCUUCGUCGGGCUGUGCGGUCUCGCCCUGCUGCUCCCGAUGUCUGACCUCGACGAUCUUGCUCAUGCCCUCCUCGAGGAAAUACAUGGUGUCGUUGAGCAACAUGUGGAUGAACCGACAGAACACCUGACCAAAGAGAGAUGGGGAUGGAUGGAUGGAUGUCUUGUUCUUCCGUGUGUGGGGGGUGGGGGUGGCUGGGAGGUAUACCGCGUUGUCCGUCUGCCCGAAGGAGUGGAGGGCCUGCCGGUAGGCCUCGAUCUGAUGAUAUACACACACACAGAUGUGUGGUGCACCUCGUGUAUGUGUGUGUUUAUUCGUUGACCUUGAGGAGCUUCUCAAAAAUCUGUAUGAUGGGGUACCGCACGUUGAACUUGAUGUGCUGACCUGCCCACCACCAUGACGACAAGGAACACAUAACGCAUUCACACGGGGUGGGGUGGGGUGAGGUGAGGUGACCAACCUGUCGACUCCGCAUCGAUGAAGAGGCCGAUCAGCGCGGGGACCAGGUGCCGACGCAGCACCGAAGAGCCCUCGACCUGCACACACACACAUACAGAUAGUCAUGGUGAUGGUGGCGAUGCCUGGGUGUGCAGAGUGACGCCAACGGACUUUCAGGGUGUGGUUCUUGUUCUGCAGCAUGCUCCAGAUGAUGGAAGCAGCGUUGCUGCGCGUGUGGGGAUUGCGGAAGUAACCUGAUAGACAGACAGAGACAAUGGGCGAGACUUCUUCUUUAUGUGAAUGGGAUGCCUCCCUCUUUCCUCUGACCGACCGGGCGAUCCUAUGCAGAACAGGCAUGCGUUGAUGAGCAGCUCCAGGUCCAGGUGGUCCAGGACCACUACCAACUGACCAUGCCGACACACACACACAGGCACAUAUACACACCCGAUGUCACCAGGGCGGCCACGAUUCGACUGAGUGCAGUGCACUUACCCUGGACUUCAUGCACUGCCGAGUAGCCGACCGUCGAGGGGAACAGACACAUAAAGACAUACAGCAGCAGCGGCAGCAGCAGCAGUGCAGGAUGUCUCUCCCCCAUGCCCCCCCUUUUUGUCGGCGUACCUCGUGUAUGCAGUCGAAGAGGUCCUCCACCAGCGACACAGGCAGGCAGCAGAAUUGACUGCCACACACACACACACACUCGCGGGAGUGUCGCACCAUCUACUGCUCAUUAGUUACGGUGAGGGGUCCUGCUUGAGGGGGAACCUCUCAGCCACCGCCCGCCACACCGCCGUUAGGGGGAUGCCUAGACGAUGCGGUGCCCAUCCAUCAGACCAGUGGAUGCACUCAUCGACCUCACUUGUCUGAUCUGCCGAUCGGCCUCUCACCCACCUGUCGUCUGUGUGUCGGUGGCGAACACGCCCGAGCUGGCGCCAUUUGGGAGGUAUGCGAAGAUGUUGUAGAGGAGCCACGUCAGGAAGCGGGACACAAAACUGCCCAGCAUCUUCAGGCUGACGAGGGGGAAGGCCAAACCAAACCAGCCAGGGCAAACCAAACGUAUGGACACUGUGUGUGUGUGUGUGUGUGUGUGUGUAUCCGUCACCUACAAGUGUGGGUCGAGCAGGUAGCACUCCCAGCAGAGCAUCUCGCCUAGAAUCAGGUCCAGCUCCGCCGCCUGACACACACAGACAGACAGAGGCAGAUAGAGCAGCAGCAGCAAGAGCAGCAAGAGCAGCACAGAGUCCGUCGUACAGGUAGUGGCUUGUGUCCACGUGUGCGUGUGUGGUUACCGACCACUUGUGGGUUGGUCGGGGGGUGUCCGCCCGGGUUCAUCUUCUGCAGAUUGAUGAGCACCCUCUCGUAGUCGGUGAUGCUCGGCCUGACAUACACACACGCACACACACACACACACGAUCCGCCUCGGGCUCAUUCAUGUGUUCGUCUGUGUUGUCCUACCUGAGGAUGACCCCACAAGCUCGAGCCGUCAGCCAGAACACUGCACAGACAGACAAGGACCAGCGACCUCAUCAAGACACCACACCAAACUGUCUGUCUGCGUGCAGUCAUUCAUUCAUCGCCGACGCACCCACCUUGUGUGAUGAAUUUGGGCUCUGUGGCAUUUGCAGUGCGCACGAAGUCGCCCACGGCCAGCUUGACGGCCUCGUCGCUGCCGCCCAACUUGGAGUCGCCCGUCAGGGCACCCAAAAGGCGGCCGGCGUCGUCGCGCAGACAGAAGAAGGGAUCCAACUCGGGCAGCUUCGCACCAGGGAUGGGCUCAGCUAGCCUCAACAACGCCCAACUGCAUGCACGGGGAAAGCACGUGUGUGGUGGGGAGUCAUGUGUGUUAGUAGCAGCUGCUAUGGCAUACAUACAGGGUGUUGAGGGCGAAUCCCGAUGCGCAUCCGCUGAAUCUGAGCAUGAGGGCGGCCUGGGAGCUCAUGGGGGCGUCCUGACCAAAGUGCCGUGCCAUCUUGGCUCUCGACUCGUUGGCCUUGAGCACCGCCGCAAACCACUCUGAGCUCAGGAGGCCGAGAGAAACCACAUACAGGCCAGGCCUCUGUGGUCGGUGCACUUAUCAACGAGGCGCUAAGCUGCCUACCGAGUGUGGCCAGCCUGGUCUCACUCGACGCCUUAAGCAGCGGCAUCACAGCCUGAUCGAUCAACACACACAGACUCACUUAGUCACGUCAUGUUGCCGCACAUUCCCGCUCUCGACUGGUAGGUAGCUUACGUCUCUGGCGCUGUCCUGGAGGUGUGAGAGGUCCUGCCUCAGCUGUUUUGUGCUCUGCUCAAUGGCCUGCCGCGACUUCCUGCCAGUGGCCACGUCGCUGUAGUGCUUCUGACGCACACUCACUGCCGACGAUGGCGGGGUGGGCCGCUGCGGGCUCGCAGACAUGGGCAUGGCCAUGGGCAUCGCAGCGGCCUGCUGGAAAUCCAACUCGAAGUCCAACGUGCUGGGGCUGUAGGGUAGGCACAUUUGAACACUCAGAAGUGAACGAAUGAAGACAGACCGUUGUCUGAGUGUGUGUAUGUGUGUGUGUGUCUGCCGGCUGACCCGAGUAUGUGUCCGAGUAUGGUCUCUGUAAGCAGCCUCCAGCCGAGGCCCAUGGGAGUCGCGGGCGGCUUGAACACCGAAUGGCUCACCAGCAGCUUGCCUGAGGGGAGGGAGGGAGGGAGGGAGGGAGGGACGAUGACACAUAGAGGGGUGUGUGUGUGUGUGUGUAUCUGUCGGUUGGCGGUGGUUUCCUCACUGAUGUGUUUGUCCUUGACGAGCUGCAGCAGGAUGCGCAGAGCCACUCCCAUCGGCUCACCAAGCUGCAUCGCAUCACCACACACAAGUGUGAGGGCACCUUCCCUUCACACACUGCCGGCUGGGCUGUCUGUCUGUCUGACCCUUUUCCCCUUGAGCUCUUGCGCCAUUCGUUGGAUGACCGGCCCGAAGAUGCGCGGGACGUCAUCAGCAUUCUGGUCGACCAGCUGGUCCACAAACCUCCCGAAAAACUCCGGAGAGAUGGCGGGGCCGUGCUCAAACGCCGAAAAGAUGAGCUUCGGGUGCUGUCACAUACACACACACGCACACGGAGAGAGAGAGAGAUAUGGGGCGCGCACUUGUCUGCCUGUCUGCCAGUCUGCCUGCCUGUCUGUCUGUCUGUCUGUCUGCUGACCUCCACGUUGCACUGCUCUGGCGUCGAAGGCGAGUGCUGAAACAGCUGUGGCACCUGGAAGUAGAGCGCUGCGUAGUUGACGAUCAUCUCAUGUGCGUCGGCCUUGAUCUGCUCGCGCCUCUCCUUGGGAAUGGUGCGUGCCAGUGCAUCCUCCUCGGCGGCCCGGCGGUAGGCCUCUGAGAGGUAGAGGAAGAGGGGCGGGGCGCGGAACGGCUUGGACAGCCGCGACAUGAGCACCUUCUCCAUCACUUCCCGGUCGCCCGACAGCUUGGGGAUCUUGCUGCCGCCCUCGCUCAACUCAUUUGCAACGUCGCCUGCCGCCCAAGUCAGUCAGUCAGGCAAACACACACGCAGCCACAGCAGGAGAGAGAGGGAUGAUACGUGGUCGUCUUGGUGGUGGUGUUGCUUGUGCUUGUGCGUACCUAGGUGUGUCUUGUGCGCCUCGCCGGUGGUGGUGAGGGUCACAUCGAAGACCUUCGAGCACCACAUGUGCUCGUGCUCCUUCUGCUUAUCCAUUCUAUCUAUCGUGCUGCUCUUCAACGGGAACCUUUCACAAUAAUCACGUUCCCGGCAUCCCCACCCUCUUCUCUUUUCC